AACACACAUUUUCUUUUCCGCCUGCUACUUCUCCUAGAGAGAGAAACAAACGAAGAAAGUAAAAGAAAGAGAAACACAAUCAAAGAAAAAAAAAGGGGAAACGGUUAUGGAAUUGUAGACCAAGUCAUAAAGAACUACUAGGGUUUUUGGAAAUCCGAAUCUGCAACCACGUCCAGAUCCUUCCAUUCUUCGCCAUCCUCUAUAAUGGCGACUCCGUUUUCAAGUCUGGAGACAGCUGGAGGCUGCGUGGCUGUAAUGGCAGGCCCUUUGAACCCUAUCGAUCCAUCUACGUCUUCCAAGUCUUGCUUAAAGAAUUCCGACUGUAAAUCGCCGAUUCUUAUAUUCUUGUUCUUCCAUAAGGCUAUUAGAGCUGAGCUCGAUGCGCUUCACAGGGCCGCCGUUGCUCGAGCCACCAACCGUGAUGGUGGUGGUGAUGUUAGCUCCUUGCUGCAGAGGUAUCAUUUUCUUCGCACGAUUUAUAAGCACCACUGCAAUGCCGAGGAUGAGGUCAUUUUUCCUGCUCUUGAUAUAGUUGUGAAGAAUGUUGCCCACACUUACUUCCUUGAACAUGAGGGAGAAAGUGUGCUCUUUGAUCAAUUGUUUGAGUUGCUGAAUUCAAAGAUGGAAGAUGAAGAAAGCUGUUGGAGAGAGCUGGCUUCUCGAACGAGAGCCCUUCAAACAUCAAUUAGCCAGCACAUGUCCAAGGAAGAAGAACAAGUCUUCCCCUUACUUGCUGAGAAGUUCACAUUUGAAGAACAGGCAUCAUUGGUAUGGCAAUUUCUUUGCAGUAUUCCUGUUGACAUGAUGGCUGAAUUUCUUCCUUGGCUUUCCUCUUCCAUAUCAUCUGAAGAACAUCAGGACAUGCGGAAGUGCUUGUGCAAGAUAGUUCCUAAAGAAAAACUUCUUCGGCAGGUUAUUUUUGGCUGGAUGGAAGGGGUUAAAAUGCCUGGUACAUGUAAAAACUGCAAAGAUAAUUCCAAGGAUAGAUGCCAAACUUCUGGGAGUAGUAUUUUAAUUAGUCAAACUGAGGAGGGCCCCUGUGCAUGUGUAUCUUCCAAAGCUGGUAAAAGGAAACAAGUGGAGAUAGGUUAUGAUCAUGCAAAUUCUGCUGUGUCCUGUCCUAUUGAUGAAAUAUUGCUUUGGCAUAAUGCUAUUAGACAAGAGUUGAAUGAUAUAGCUGAGGCUGCGAGGAAGAUACAACUUGCUGGUGAUUUUUCUGAUUUGUCUGAGUUCAACAAGAGGCUGCAAUUCAUUGCUGAAGUUUGCAUCUUUCACGGUAUUGCUGAGGAUAAAGUUGUAUUCCCUGCUGUAGAUGCAGAACUCUCUUUUGCCCAGGAGCAUGCAGAAGAAGUAAUUCAAUUUAACAACCUCAGAUGCCUUAUUGAAAGUAUUCAAAGCUCUGGAGCCAACUCCUCUUCUGCUCAAUUCUAUGAAGAGUUGUGUUUACAUGCUGACCACAUAAUGGACAGCAUACAGAAGCAUUUCCACAAUGAGGAAUCUCAGGUAAUUCCACUUGCUCGAAGGCAUUUUAGCCCCCAAAGACAGCGAGAACUUAUGUAUCAAAGCUUACUUGUGAUGCCCUUAAAAUUGAUUGAGUGUGUCUUACCAUGGCUAGUAGGAACAUUAAGUGAAGAAGAAGCUAGGUUGUUCCUUCAAAAUAUGCAGCUGGCAGCCCCAUUGUCGGACUCUGCAUUGGUUACCCUAUUUUCUGGUUGGGCAUGCAAAGGUCGUUCCACAGAUGUAUGCCUUUCUUCUAUUGCAAUUGGUUCUUGUCCUGCAAGAGCACUGAAUGGGACUCAAAAAGAUAUUAUCAAACCAUCCUGUGCAUGCACUUCUCUGUGUUCUGCUGAGGAAAGGCCUGCAGCAGUUCAAGAGGAUGAGGCAGAUAACAGUAGAAGGCCAUUCAAGCGUGGAAAUUUAGUAUCAUGCGAAGGUUCUGAUGCUACAUACUGUACCAGAAAACUUAAUGGCGACAAAUCAUCUUUUAGUAAUCAGUCUUGCUGUGUCCCAGGGUUAGGAGUGAAUGCCAGUAAUCUAGGUGUUAGUAAUUCUCUGGCUGCAUCAAAAUCCCUGCGUUCACUAGCGUUUAAUCCUGCUCCAUCCUUGAACUCAAGUCUCUUUAGCUGGGAAACAGAUUUAAGCUCUGCAGAGAAUGGGUUUGUAUCACGGCCUAUUGAUAAUAUAUUUAAAUUUCAUAAGGCCAUACGUAAAGACCUGGAAUACUUGGAUGUUGAAUCUGGAAAACUAAAUGAUUGCAAUGAGUCUUUUAUUCGACAAUUCACUGGUAGAUUCCGUCUCCUGUGGGGUUUAUAUAAAGCUCAUAGUAAUGCAGAAGAUGACAUAGUAUUUCCAGCACUGGAAUCUAAGGAGACUCUUCAUAAUGUUAGCCACUCUUAUACUCUGGAUCACAAGCAGGAGGAAAGACUUUUUGAAGAUAUUUCAUCUGCACUUUCUGAGCUUACACAACUUCAUGCAUGCUUGAAUACUACAAAUGUUUCUCAUAUAAGUGAUACAAUGAGAAAGUAUAAUGAGAAAGCCACAAAGCUUCAGGGUAUGUGCAAGUCCAUAAGAGUGACACUGGAUCAACAUGUGUACCGGGAAGAACUAGAACUCUGGCCUUUGUUUGAUAGACAUUUUUCUGUGGAGGAGCAGGACAGAAUUGUUGGUCAAAUAAUUGGUACUACAGGUGCAGAGGUUCUUCAGUCGAUGUUGCCAUGGGUGACUUCUGCUCUUACUCAGGAGGAGCAGAAUAAAAUGAUGGACACUUGGAAGCAGGCCACCAAGAACACAAUGUUCACUGAGUGGCUUAAUGAAUGGUGGGAAGGAACACCUACUUCAUCUGUGCAUGCAACAACAUCAGAGAGUUGUAUAUCACUAGGCACCGAUGACAUCCAUGAUAGCAUUGAUCACAGUGAUAAGACUUUUAAGCCUGGCUGGAAAGACAUCUUUCGGAUGAAUCAGAAUGAGCUUGAAGGAGAGAUAAGAAAAGUUUCUCGUGAUUCAACUCUUGAUCCAAGAAGAAAAGCUUAUCUUCUUCAAAAUCUCAUGACGAGUCGAUGGAUAGCUGCUCAGCAGAAGUCUCCUCAAGCAAGAACAGAUGAAGGUUCCAGUGGUGAGGAUUUACUUGAAUGUGUUCCAUCAUUCCGAGAUCCAGAGAAAGAAGUCUUUGGAUGUGAGCAUUACAAGAGAAAUUGCAAGCUCCGUGCUGCGUGCUGUGGGAAGUUAUAUACAUGUAGGUUUUGCCAUGAUAAAGUCAGUGAUCAUUCAAUGGAUAGGAAGGCUACUGCUGAAAUGAUGUGCAUGCGAUGCCUGAAAAUCCAACCUGUUGGACGAAUUUGCACAACCCCUUCAUGUGGUGGGUUCUCAAUGGCAAAGUACUAUUGUGGUAUCUGCAAAUUUUUUGAUGAUGAAAGGACUGUCUAUCACUGCCCUUUCUGCAAUUUAUGCCGUCUUGGAAGUGGACUUGGGGUUGAUUUCUUCCACUGUAUGAAAUGCAAUUGUUGUCUGGCAAUGAAGUUGGCAGACCACCAGUGUAGAGAAAAAGGUCUAGAAGCAAACUGUCCCAUCUGCUGUGAUUUUUUGUUCACAUCAAAUGAAAGUGUCAGAGCACUUCCAUGUGGCCAUUUCAUGCAUUCAGCCUGCUUUCAGGCUUAUACAUGCAGUCACUAUAUCUGCCCAAUCUGUUGUAAAUCUUUGGGAGAUAUGACCGUUUAUUUUGGAAUGCUUGAUGCACUCCUAGCAUCUGAAGUGCUUCCUGAAGAAUACAGGGAUCGCUGUCAGGAUAUAUUGUGCAAUGACUGUGAUAAGAAAGGAACAGCACCCUUCCACUGGCUCUAUCACAAGUGUGGGUUUUGUGGAUCUUACAAUACCAGGGUAAUCAAGGUUGACUCGGUAACUGGCAACUGUUCUACCUCAAAUCAGUAAGAUUGGCCUUAAUGGUUGUCAAUUUUAGUUUUGUAAAUACUUGCAGAGCCAUCACCAUCAAUCAUUGCUAUGGUAAAUCUGAUUUUCCUCAAAAAUUUCACGUGAAAAUGGGAAUAUUAUUAAGUAUUUAGAUCCGAAGUCUUUUUUUAAUGUAAUUAUAUAGUAUUGGUUUAAAAUUUUUACAAUAGACUAUUGGGCGUUUUCUUUUUGUAUGGCGUAAGAACAGAGGAUGAGAAGCAAAGGGGUAAAGAAAGGUGUUCAAAUUCAAAGAGAAAUUCUUUCUUUUUUGGACUUUUAUAAUAUGAGGUGGCACUGCAACCAGAAGCCCAUAAGAGGGGGAUGGUUUCGGGGAUAGAUUUUUUGUGCCGCUUCUUUUCUUCUGUCCAUAUAUCUACCCACAAAUUGAGAGUGAAAAAUGAACUUAUAAGACUUUU